ACCACACCAGGGUGUGGUGGAGUCUGUUUUGGGUUAUUCUUCACAUUUUUCAUAAUUCCUUCGCCGUUUUCACAUGUGUUGUUACUAGAUUUCUACAGGACGUUUUAAUUGUCAUGGUGCAGUGAGUAUGCAUUCUUCAUUCUCCCCGCGUUACGCGGGGUUUUUUUGCUAGUUAUGGAAGUGUUGCAAUGUGCUACUUCUCAGCACCGGUGCAUUAAGGAACUUCCAUACCAAUGUUUUUAGGUUUAAGGGCACACGGACCUCGUUUAGUACGACAUUUUUGAACUCGUUACCUCUCUAGUUUCAAGUCGGCAGAUAGAACCCCUGAGUGAUAUUUUUCUACUCUUUUACCCCUGAAAGUAAACUACAUUUUCACCCAGGUAAAAGUACAUACAUGGGUAAUAGCAACUUCAUUAAAAGAGUAAUUAAAAAAAAAGUUCGCUCAGGGGGUCUACAAGUUCAAAACUGCAGGAGUAAUAAGUUCGAAAUGGGCGGGCUAUGUGCAAUUAAGCAAAGAAAAGAAGCAAUUAAGCAAAGAAAAGAAGAGCAUUCAGCACCACUACUUUCUCUUGGGAAAGAUUGUCAAUAGAAUUGACUCGUUGACAGAUGCAACCAACUUAAGACUCCACAAUUAGCAGUGCAUCUUCCAGAAGCAUGCCCACAAAAAAGACUCAGUCCACAAAGACUGCUCUCAGCCAUCUAUGCUUGGCUUGCCAAGAUAACGAGAGGCAAGCUCUUCUUACCUUCAAGCAAAGCCUAACUGAUGACUGUAAUCUGCUUUCAAAUUGGAGAGGUGCUGACUGUUGCAGAUGGAGAGAAGUGGGUUGCAGCAAAAAGGAGGGAAACGUAAUCAAACUCAGCAUUGGUCGCCUAACCGAUGGUCAGUGUUACGUCUCUAGCAACUAUUUCGAUCACUCUUUGUCUACCUUGAAAUAUUUGCAGCAUCUGGACUUAAGUAACGUGACAUUCUCCUCGGGUGAUAUCCAGCAACUUGUUGGUUCCUUCACAAACUUGAGGUACCUCAACCUCUCGGGAACUGGUCUUUCUGGUAAAAUUCCACACGAUCUUGGAAACCUCACGUACCUGAAAUAUCUUGACAUGUCCAGUGUGGACCUAACUCGAGCAACUGAUUGGGUUCUUUUUGUUAGAAAUCUCCCUUCUCUCUCUGUAUUGAAACUGUCUCGGUGUAAUUUGCCUUCUCCUCCUCUUGCUUCCGCUUCUUCUCCAAAUGGCAAUAUCCCGUCUAUCACAACACUUGAUCUUUCGGGAAAUUCUUUCGCUGAUGGCGCUAUAUUUGACAGGUUUCUGCUCAGCCUUAGCAGCAGUCUCGUUCAUCUCAAUCUCUCUUCUUGCUCAAUGAACGGGCCAUUUCCUCGUUCCUUGAAGAACUUGACCUCUCUCAGAGUUCUUGAUCUCUCCUAUAACUAUUUCAAUGGGUCCCUUCCAAAGAGUCUCGGCAACCUCUCUCAGCUGGAAGCCUUAGAUCUCACUGGCAAUUUCUUACUUGGGUCUAUCCCUGGAAUACUCCAGCACCUCUGCAAUUUGCGCAGCUUACUGCUCUCACGAAAUUAUUUAUCUGGGAACAUGUCUCGUAUGCUAGAAGGUGAAACAAGAUGCAAGAGAUUUACUUUGGAGGAAUUGGAUUUGUCGUUUAACCAACUAAAUGGGAGCUUACCUGAUUGGGUUUGGCAAAUGCAACACCUGAGCACACUCGAUCUUUCUUAUAACUCGUUAGAUGGCGUUAUUUCAGAUACUCAGUUUGUCAAUAUGACAGAACUCAAAAUUUUAAGGCUUUCUGGCAACAGGUUAAUUUUUAACACGGCCUCCACCUGGGUUCCUCCUUUCAAGCUAAAUAUUAUAGAUUUGGGAUCUUGCAGACUGGGGCCUCGGUUUCCUACAUGGCUUCGGACACAAAGAGGAUUUCAGUAUUUGAACAUAUCAAAUGCAUUUAUUUUCGAUAAGAUCCCCAGUUGGUUUUGGGAUGCAUCUUAUGCCGCUGAUCACUUGAAGUUAUCACAUAACAAGAUAAGUGGUGAUAUUCAUUCGUCGCUGAAAUUUCUUAGCGCCACGACCAUCGACAUAUGCUUCAAUCUGUUUCAAGGAAAACUGCCUUCACUGAACUCUAAUGUAAAAAAUAUUUUUCUGGAUGACAACUUAUUUUCAGGAGAUACUCAACCAAUCUUAAAUGCGGAAAUGCUGAAUUUGAGGGAUGUUACACUUUCAAAAAACCUUCUGUCCGGUGAAAUUCCCUCCGCUAUAUGCAACUUCUCAUCCAUGCAACUCCUCGACCUCUCUAAUAACAACAUAUCAGGAAAUAUUCCGGAAUGUCAGUCAAACAAAGAUUCGCCACCGUCACCUUAUGUUAUAAAUUUGGCAAACAAUUACCUCAGCGGUUCAAUUCCUCAGUGGAUGGCGGGUCCAGUUCCUCAAUUGACAGCUGAAUCCCAUUUGACAGAAUUACGUCUGAACAAUAACAGUUUCGAUGGUGAAAUCCCUUCUUUCUUGAGAUAUUGUAACCGUAUGACUAUUCUUGAUCUUGGAGAAAACAAGUUAACUGGGAAAAUACCAUCAUGGAUUGGAGAGGGUCUUUCAUCUCUGAAAUUUCUUCGCUUGCGCUCAAAUAUGUUAACGGGCAAAAUCCCACAACAACUAUCAUAUCUUACUUCUCUUCAAAUGUUGGAUCUGGCGCAAAAUAAUCUAUCAGGAACCAUACCAAAUUCAUUUAAGAAUUUUAGUGCAAUGACCAAAGUAAACAGGACAGUAGAAGGUAUCAUCAGCUAUAGAGAUGGUGCAUCUCCUUCUGUGGAAAUUGCAUCGUCGAAAUUUGAAGAGAUAAUAGAGGUGGAAAUAAAAGGGAGACAACUUGACUACACAAAAACACUCUCUCUGGUUAUGGUCCUCGAUCUUUCAUGCAAUAACUUAUCUGGAGAAAUCCCGAUAGAACUGAUGGACCUCAUCGGUUUGCAGAGCUUGAACUUAUCAAAGAACCAGUUGGAGGGAUAUAUUCCUGAUAAGUUUGGCGGCAUGGCACAACUGGAAGCUCUUGACCUGUCGAUGAACCACUUAUCCGGAAAAAUUCCUGGGAGCAUAGUUUUAUUGACCGCAUUAAGUUACCUGAAUCUUUCUCAUAAUGACUUGUCAGGUAGAAUUCCAUCAGGCAACCAGAUUCAGACUCUCACAGAUCCAUCCAUUUAUGCUGGAAACAGUGAUCUUUGUGGAUCCCCGCUACCCAGAUGCCCAGGCGAUGAACACUCCAGGGUUCCAACUCAAGGUGCAGAUGCUGAAGAUGAAGACGGCGAUUCAGAUAUGUUCGAGCUGUAUCUCGGCAUGGGCAUAGGAUUUGCGGUCGGGUGGUGGGUUAUCUGCGGAGCAUUUAUUUUCAAGAACUCCUGGCGGGUUGCAUGUUUUCAGUACUACGAUGAUAUGGAAAACAAUUUUAUUGUGAAAAUGGAUACUUUGCGAAGAAGGCCGAGAUUGAGCAACUUCAGGGUCAGGGACGAAGGGCGAGUUACUAAUAUUAUACAUUGAGCUUACUUUUUGUGAGUAUAUCUGAAUUAUUGUGUUCUGAGUUCAGCAAUGUCUUCCUAGUUGAUGUUCUUGUGUUUGUCAUCUCUCUUCUAUGUUGUUUCCUAGAUAAACUAAGGAUUUCCCUGAUCCUAUGUACUGUGUUCUAUUGAAACUUAGAAUCAUCAAACAUUACGGUUUCCUGAUAUGAGCUUCAGGUUUCAAGA